CUUACCAUAGAAGGGCCGCUUUGCUGAGCAGGAACUUCCGGUGCGUUGGCUGCCGGGAAGGGACUCCCUGGGAGGAAGUCUGUGGUCCAGAUCUAAAGUGAAACGAAGGAUAAACAAGCCGCACCGAGUCCAGCUUCCGGGUUCGCUGUGAACUUUCCAGGGCAGAAGGGAAGGGUGCUCGUAGGCGGGAACUUUGCUGAGAAAUCCAGGUUUUUAGUGUGGUUUUGGCCAGCGUGCUCUCUCCCCAUCCUCCCACCCCAUCACAAGGUAGCAGCAAAGGAAUCACAUAAACAUAUCUAAAAUGAGCAACUUGGAAGAGGCUGAACUACAACUUUCUGAAUUAGAUUUGCUUUCUAGUAUGUUCCCCAAUGAAGAUGAAUUUAAAGUGACUGAUCAACUGGCUUUAGCAGAACUGAAGGAUCACAUUGACAGAUGCACCUUGGAAGUGCCAUCAUCAAAAAUACAGUUUACAUUGAAUUUAGAAUUAGACACUGCAGAUGGAAAUAAGAUUCCACUUUCUUUGUUUUGUGCUUUCCCAUUAAAAUACCCAGCUGUUCUUCCAGAAAUUACUAUCAGAUCUCCAUCUAUAAGCCGAUCACAGCAGGUACAGCUGAACACAGAUCUUAUAACCUACUUGAAGACACAUUGUGCUGGUGAAGUCUGCAUAUUAAGUGCAAGAGAAUGGAUUAAAGAACAUGGCACUGCUUACAUCAGCAGAGAUCCCUCAUCUUCAAUCAUGAUGAAAUCAAGUAUUCAGAAGUCAGAUAAUGUUUUCACUAGACUAUGGAUUUACAGUCAUCACAUUUAUAACAAGCACAAAAGAAAGAAUAUAGUUGAUUGGGCUAAGGAACUCUCUCUGUCUGGAUUUAGCAUGCCUGGGAAACCAGGUAUCAUUUGUGUAGAGGGCCAGCAGAGCCUGUGUGAGGAGUUUUGGGCAAGAAUCAGAAGAUUAUCAUGGCAGAGAAUUUUAAUACGUCACAGAGAAGACAUUUGCUUAGAAGGGACUGAAGCUGAAAUGGGAAAACAAAAGAAGUUUUUUGCUUUUGAAGAAAAAAUAUUUGAUGCACAUGGUGCCAGAGGAAAUCACAUGGAUUUGGGACAAUUGUAUCAUUUUUUACUUGACAGUGGAUGUGGUGAUAUUUUUCAACUGUACUUUGGAGUUGAAGGACAAUAGAUCAUCAAGAGGUGGAAAAAUCACAUGGAACACUUAAAUUAAACUUUAGCAGUCCUCUGUGGGUGACAUGUAAUUGUGGUGUCCCGCUUCUGUUUAUGACAACAGGACUUCUACCUCCUCCCCUCCCCUUUUCAUCCCAAAUGUGUUGUGGGACCUUCUGGAGCAUUUUGGGGAGUGGGUUGGCAGGAGAAAAUCCAAUCGUAUCCACUGGUGUAAUGUUGGAUCUUGUCCUAUGUUUUUACUUUAAAAAAAUAAAUAAAUACUAAGAACUUUACUCAUUUACAUCUGAUAAAUUAUGAAUGUCCAAACAAGUUUGAUUUUAAUUUAAGAUAACAUUUUAAUGCUAAUGACAAACAAUAAAAGCAAUGCAGUUGA